UUGACUCUUGUGUACCGAGCACGUGUUCAUCACGUGUGAGAUUUCUAGUGCCGUAUGUGUAUGUACUUAUAUCCCAUACCAACCAAUACACAUAUAUGUACAUACAUGCAUACAUAUGUAUAUGCAUAUAUAAACACAUACCCAGGGAGCAGACGACCGCAUACUCAGGAGAGUAUUUGGGCCGUCAACGGAGACAAUCGGCGAAAAUGGAGCAGCCACAGUCUCCGGGAACGAAGCCGGUGAAGCUCCGAGAUUCCAUCGAAGAGCUGCUACGGUUUACUCUGCAAUAUCACGUGGAUGAAUCCGUACGAGACAUUGAUCUUGAGCUGCCCAGGGAUUUCUGCCUCCGUCUCCUGGAGAAGCACCCGAAUUCGACAGAUCGAAAGCCGGCUCUGUACAAGCUUCUAGCAUCUGCUUUCUGCGAUUGUCUGGGUUCCGAUGAACAGUCGGAGACAUCCGAGGAGCGGGGUUUUAGUAAAUAUUCAAACUUGAAGAAGUACACCGAGUUGUUUCACGACUUGGCAAAUAUGCUGAAGAAUGUGAGCUUUGAGCUUCAUGUCCAAGAGUGUUACUUCACGCAACUAAAAGAUGGUCUGAAAACUGUUGAAGGAAGGUGUGCAGUUGGAGACUACAUGAGGAUUAGCUCAGGAGCAUUUAUUCUGUUCAACAAGUGUUUGGUGCUUGAGGUUCAGGACGUCCACCAUUAUGCAUCUUUUGCAGAAAUGCUAGAAGUGGAAGGUCUUGACAAAGUCCUUCCUGGUGUCAAGAGCAUAGAAGAAGGAGUUCGAGUUUAUAGACAAUUUUACCCUGAAGAAAAAGAAAGAAUGAACGGUGUUCUAGCUAUUCUUGUUGUGAAACCGAAUGUCCAGCCUUAUACCUCUUUGGCAAGAGUAUUAUCUGAAUUAAAUUGCACAGGCAUCCAAAGCCUUCUGGGCGACGAUAUUGCUGGAGUUUCCUUGUAGAGUUACUGCUUCUGAAUUCUUAAUAUCUUGAAUUCAAACAAGAUAUAUACGAGAUCGAAUUGAAGAUUACUGCCAGACUUGUUGCUGACAAGGAUUUCAAUUCUUAAAGAGGACAAAAACUUUGUAGAACUGAGUCAGGGUUGUCUUAAGGUACAUCUUAGUCCAUUGUAUCACUGGUUCCAACUCAAAGUUUACACCUUUAUUUAUUUC